UUAUGACUUUAUGAAAGGUGGACAAUGAGAAAAUUGUGGUAGAAGAAUUGAAGAAAUGAAUAACCCAUUUUCAAGGGUCUGAAAAUUUUUGAAUCUGUUUUACAUUUUGGCCCCCCUAUAGGCAUCAUUGGGGCGGACCCGGGGGGCGGGGAAGGGGGGUUUCUUGAUUAUAUAUUUGGUUUUUUUUUUUUUUUUUGAUGAUCUAGAGCCUUCUGUUGUUUUUCUUCAAGAAGGCUCUUUUCUCUCUGAGGAAAAAAAGCGUUUGUAUCUUACAGAUUCAGAUAUAAAAAUUUGUGGGUUUUUAAGAAAAUAACAAGAUGAUUAGAUGGUGGAUUUCAGCUUUGCAAUUUACUGAGUUAUUUGUUACUUCUGUGGUGCAUUUGACAUAUGGGUUUUAUAUAUUCAGUACAGCUUUAGCUGGUGAUCUCUCACAGGCUGUGAGUGAUUCGUUUUUUAAGCCUAAUUUGGAGAAUGGAUUGAAAGGGGAUGAUUCAAAAAAGAGAACUAGUGUAGAUGAUUUGCCACCCAUUGUGUUAGUUCAUGGAAUCUUUGGUUUUGGCAAAGGGAGAUUGGGGAGUUUGUCGUAUUUCGCUGGGGCAGAGAAAAAGGAUGAUAGGGUUCUUGUGCCUGAUUUAGGCUCAUUAACAAGCAUAUAUGACAGGGCUAGAGAAUUGUUCUAUUAUCUGAAAGGUGGGCAAGUUGAUUAUGGAGAAGAACAUAGCAAGGCUUGUGGGCACUCUCAAUUUGGGAGGAUUUACGAGAAGGGGCAUUACCCCGAAUGGGAUGAGGAUCACCCCAUUCACUUUGUGGGACAUUCGGCUGGAGCACAGGUUGUUCGGGUUUUGCAGCAAAUGCUCGCAGAUAAGGCAUUCGAGGGGUAUGAAAAUACUUCGGAGAACUGGGUACUAAGCAUAACGUCAUUAUCUGGAGCAUUUAAUGGGACUACAAGAACCUAUUUAGAUGGAAUGCAGUCUAGGUAUUACAAGAUUGUGGAAGGCGAUCAUAUUCUUUUCAUUGUGAACCGGGAAAGGGCGGGAACUCAAUUCGAUCUGAUAUAUGAUAGCAUUUUUGAGCGCUGCAGGAAGCACGCAUUCAGAAAGAAUCCGACUCUACCUAAUCAUGAAGAGCACCAUUAGCUUGUAUAUGUUAUUUUCCGUUACUCUACUACAACUGGGAGAGAUUAGAAAGAAAUAGAAUACUGUGAUAUUGAAAUUCAAGAUAGCUACAGCUAGAUCUUGGACGAGUAAACUCGUUCGCGAUUGUUCCUUUUUAUCUUCCUUUGGCCUCUUCUAUAUGGAUGUAAAUAAGAACUUUUACCCAUUUUUUUCUCCUUUAACUGAGUUUACAAACUAAUGCAUUUUCUGUAAGUUCAUUUAGGUAUGUUUAAUGUUAAAUCGCUUGUUGAAUCUUCA